GAAGAACCGUGUGGAAAAUGCAUUCAUGGGAGUGGAAGUGUGUUAAAGGUAACGCUGUGUUGUCAGCAGAGUGAAGUACAAAGUUCACUCUGCACACCUAACAGAAGUGUGAUAGCUUCUAGUGUUUGGUCGACAGGCUCGAUGGCUCAGUUUACUCGUGUUUCAGAGUUUGUUGGCUUGAUUACUCUCCAGAAUCCUCCAGUCAACGCACUCAGUGCAGCGGUGAGGCAGGGCAUCGUUGACACGGUGAAGAAAGCAAUCAGUGACCCAAAGGUGAAGUCUGUGGUCAUCUGUGGCCAGAAUGGAGUCUUCUGUGGAGGGGCGGACAUCAGGGAGUUUGGGGCAAACAUGUCCGGACCUCCACUGGUACCGAUGAUCCACUCAAUCGAGGCUGCGAAUAAGCCAGUGGUGGCAGCCAUAGAGGGAAUCGCUUUAGGCGGAGGCCUUGAGUUGGCGCUUGGCUGUCAUUAUCGAAUCGCACACUCUAAAACCAGACUGGGUCUUCCAGAGGUGACUCUGGGUCUGCUGCCAGCUGCAGGGGGAAGCCAACGUCUGCCAAGACUCAUCGGGGUCCCAGCUGCCUUAAACCUCAUCACAACAGGCCGCCACGUGACUGCUGCUGAGGCACUGCAACUUGGCAUCGUGGAUCAGGUUACUGAUCACAACACUGUGGAUACAGCUGUGAAGUUUGCCCUGAGUGUUGCAGGUCAGUCAGUGGAAGCUCGUCGUAUAAGUACUUAUCCGUGUCAACGUUCGUCUGAUUUGGAUGCUCUGUUUGAGGAGGUGAUGCAGAAGGUGCGUCAGAGUGCCCGUGGAGCUAUAGCACCAGUUGCAUGUGUCCAGGCGGUGCGAGCGGCUGCCACCCUGCCGUACGCCCAGGGCAUGGAGCGGGAGAAAGAGCUGAUGGCCACUCUCUUCAACUCAGGCCAGGCCCGCGCCCUGCAGUACUCUUUCUUUGCUCAGAGAGCUGUUGGCAGGUGGAGGAUGCCCAGUGGAGCCCGCUGGGACACGAGCAAGCCCAGGCCUGUACAUAAAGCAGCCGUCAUUGGUCUCGGCACCAUGGGGAGAGGCAUAGCAGUGGCCCUGGCUCAGACAGGGUUGUCUGUGGUCGCCGUGGAGACCCAGGAGAAGCAGUUGAUGGAGGCAAAGCAGGCAGUAUCUGGCAUGUUGGAGCGAGGAGCUAAGAGAAGCGGGAUGGCUCCUGGGCUUGAUAGGAUCAGUUACAGCCAGAACAUCCAGGCCGCAGCAGACGUCGACCUGGUCGUCGAGGCUGUGUUUGAGGACAUGGCCCUGAAGAAGCAAGUAUUCCAGCAGCUGUCUGCUGUUUGUAAACCAGGCACCUUCCUGUUCACCAACACUUCUGCACUAGACGUGGACCAGCUGGCCUCUGAAACCCCCAACCCAGAGCUGGUGGUCGGGAUGCACUUCUUUGCCCCAGCCCAUGUCAUGAAGCUGCUGGAGGUGGUGUAUGGGCAACGAUCCUCUCCUCAAGCCGUGGCCACUGCCAUGCAACUGGGAAAGAAAAUGGGCAAAGCCAGUGUGGCAGUUGGCAACUGCAAUGGCUUUGUGGGGAACCGCAUGCUGAAGCCAUACCUUGUACAAGCUUCCUUCCUGUUGGAGGAGGGAGCUACACCUGAGUUGGUAGAUGGAGCGCUGGAGGAGUUCGGUUUUCCCAUGGGUGUGUUCAGAAUGUCUGACCUCUCCGGGCUCGACGUGGGCUGGAGAAUCAGGAAGACAGACGGGCUGGCGGAGCCUGGCAUGUCAUCAGGGCACUCGGCUAGAAUCCGACAGGGCAGCAGGUACAGCCCCCUGGGAGACCUGCUCUGUGAACAGGGUCGGUUUGGCCAAAAAACAGGCCAGGGAUGGUACCAGUAUGACAAACCCGGCGGUCGGGUUGCCAGGUCUGACCCCUGGCUGCACAGCUUUCUGGAGGAGUACCGAGCCCGGCACGGCCUGGUGGCACGCAGAAUAGACCACCAGGAGGUGCUGGAGCGCUGCCUCUAUGCUCUGAUCAACGAGGGCUUCCACAUCCUGGAGGAUGGAAUAGCUGCAGGACCCGAAGACAUCGAUGUCAUCUAUGUGUUCGGCUACGGCUGGCCCCGCCACCGUGGAGGUCCCAUGUUCUACGCAAGCAUGGUGGGGCUGGCAAAGGUCCUGGAGAGGCUGGAGCACUACCACCAGGCUCACCCUGAUGUGCCCUCCCUGCAGCCCAGCAGCCUCCUCAGGAGGCUGGUGGCCAGUGGCAGCCCACCUGUCCAGAAGUGGAGGGAAGUCAUCGAGAAACCCCACAGCCAGCUUUAAAUCUCAAACCUUUCAGCUUUAAUCUCUUUAUUCACUUUAAUAACGAGGGUCUAAUGGUGACUUGACUGCACUGAUAUUGUGCAUUAUAGUAAUGCUGAUCUUUUUCUUAUAAAUAUGUGAUUAUGGAUGGUAUUGCAGGAGGCCAUUGUGCGUUCUGUGUUUCUUUUCUUUUGCCCUGUAUGUAAAUGUGGGGUGGUCAAAAUACUAGAAACACCUUGCAACUAUAGGACUCAAAAAAACAUGUCUCUAACAACAGAAUUGAACAUUACAAGCUUUACAACGAUUGGAUGUAUUACAUUAUAUUGGAGUGAAUUAAAUUGCACCGAUGUAUCCAAUAAACUGAUAAUUUGGUGUAUUGCAGAAUUUAAAAAAAUGCUGAAAUACAAUGAUAUGAAUGUGAUAAAUCACAGAAUUGCAAUAUGUGCAUGCACAAGAGAUGAUUUCACUGAUGUCCCAUAUUGGGUUUGUUUGGUUAUUAAUUAAUCUUGUUUAAUAAACAUUGGUACAAUUUUUA